AUGAGCCAUUCACCGAGCCAUUCAGAGUCAAAAGAGUUACAAGUCAAACUCUUCCAAUACAGGGGGUUGGUUAUCAACUCGCUCAACGACGAAAUAAAAGACAAUAGCCAUAAAAAAACCCUUGUCUUGGCUGGGAUCCUUGGUCUUCUUCACGUGGAUAUUCAACAAGGUCUUUGGUCAAGUUUCCGGGUUCAUCUUGAGGGCGCGCGCGAUGUUAUUAUAGCAUGUGGUGGAAUGCGCUCCCUCAUGGAGUCCCCUGGCAUGGCCCCGCUGGUUCUUGACUUUAUCUUCCUCGUAAUCACCGGCGAUACAUCGUCGCUCGCAUCGAAACUUCUGGUGGAAACCCUCCCCGUUGAAGAACUCGAGUUUCUCAUUUUGAAGCACGGCGGAGUCGGCCUAGCCUUCCGAAUGUGUCCUCCACCCUUACUGGUAGAAGUUCUCAGAAUCAAUCACUUGAGAAGCCGAGCAUCGCGCAGUACUCCUGACGCCACCGAAAGCCUUCAGACCGAGGCAUUUGCAAUUCUGGGUCGACUAGAUGGGUUUUCGGCCGACGAAUGGGUCGAGAGCCAUGAUACUCUGGACGGAGAGUUCAAGAACGUGGCACAUAUGUACCAAGCAGCAAUUUCUCUUUACGGAAUAUCCUCUCUUCAAGAUUGUGGCAUCCUGCAGGCGUCUUGCCCGCCGGAGGAAAAUUGUUUAGCGCUCCGAGGUCUCACUUACGAGCUUGCUUGCAAGGUGCUCUGCAUGCAGCGGGUCAAGGGUGUAUAG